AUGCUCAGAAUCACCCGUUUGUCCACCGCUGCCCUGCGCCUUUCCACCAGGCGAGCGUCCAGCGUUCGCUUUCUCGCCACCCAAGCACCCUCGACCAACAGCACCAGCAAACCUGCCGCUUUCCCUGCUGCGACAGCUUUUGCCAACGAGACGAAGCCCAGCAAGGGUGAUCUGGAGUUCAAUCUGACUUCGUCCCACAAGGGGCUUGCUCAGGAGCCGUUCCCCAAGGAGGUGGCCGAGAUUUUGCUCGCUCCUCUCCCUAACGCUGACAUCGAGGUCAAGCCCGAUGGCAUGAUUUACCUGCCAGAGAUUAAGUACCGCCGUAUCCUGAACCGCGCAUUUGGUCCCGGAGCUUGGGGGCUCAUCCCUCGUGGCGAUCACACCGUCACGAACAGGACCAUCUCGAGGGAGUACGCCCUCUUCUGCAACGGCCGGUUCGUCGCUCAAGCUCGUGGGGAAAACGACUUCUUCUCUGAAGAAGGACUUGCCACCGCGUCGGAGGGAGUCAAAUCCAAUGCGUUGAUGCGCUGCUGCAAAGAUUUGGGUAUCGCUUCUGAGCUCUGGGACCCCGUAUUCAUUGAGGAAUUCAAGAGAAACCACGCUGUACACGUCAUGACGUCGAACGCCACUAGCCAAGCCAGGAAAAUGCUCUGGCGCAGGAAGGAUCGCAAAUUCGCAUACCCUGUCAAGGAAGAGACCGCGUCAAGUGGAUCGUACACCAGGAAGAGCGCCUAA